GGAGGUCCAUGUCGGGAGUAACCUAGCGCGCUAGCUGUGUACUGCUGCUAUGCACAUGCAUGCACUGCACAAUCACAGCAGUACAUUCGACCGAGGUGCGGGUCAUACAGGCACUGUGUAGACUGUGGUCAAAUAUAAGUGUACAUUCUACUUCUAAAAAGUUAAAUCUAUCAUGGAUAAAUAGCUUUCUGGUCAAGAAGUCAACAAAAAAUUUCUACAUUAACUGGAUUCUGACAAAAGAACAAAAACAAUGGCGUGCCGUCUGUUGCAGUUCAGGAAAUUCAACCAAACUUUGCGAAGUGCAUUCGCUAACUCAACAAAUUCAUUGACACUGGCUCGAUGUAUCUCGUGUAGCAGGACAACACGGAACGGAAAAGAACCGGCAGAAACGGGUGAUUUGAAGAAGCGAUGGAAGGACAAGGCGGAGACUGUUGUUAUUGGGGGCGGGGCUAUUGGUGCUGGAGUAGCAUACAGUCUUGCUAAGGCUGGUAUGAAGGAUGUUGUUCUUUUAGAAAAGAGUGAGCUUACAGCGGGAUCAACAUGGCAUGCAGCUGGAUUAACAACAUAUUUCCAUCCAGGGAUUAAUGUAAAGAAUGUGAAUUACACAAGUCUUAAGAUAUUUGAUCAGUUGGAGGAAGAGACUGGACAGGCUGUUGGAUUCCACAAACCUGGUAGUAUACGAAUCUUAUCAACCCCAGAUAGGAUGGAUGAAGCAAAGUAUCAGAUGGCUAGACAAGGAUGGAAUAAAGCUUAUCAGAAACUUCUUACUCCUGAAGAAGUCGAAGAACUAUGCCCAAUUAUUAACAUGGAUGGGGUCUUGGGUGGUAUCCACAGCAUUGAAGAUGGUCAUAUAGAUCCAUACUCCUUGACUCAAGCCUUGGCUAUAGGAGCUCGUAAGUAUGGAGCUGAUAUCUACAUGCCUGCACCUGUUACUGGUCUGAAGCAAUGUGAUGAUGGAACGUGGGAUGUUGAGACCAAUGAGGGUACCAUUCAUGCUCAGAGAGUUGUCAAUGCUACAGGAUUUUGGGCCAAAGAGGUAUGUCAAAUGAUUGGUCGUGACCUGCCAAUGAUCUCAGCCCAUCAUCAGUACAUGGUGACCUCUACGAUCCCAGAGGUCAAAGCUUUGAAGCGUGAGAUCCCUGUGAUGAGGGACCUGGAGGGAUCCUACUACCUCCGUAUGGAGCGGGAUGGGCUCCUGUGUGGACCCUAUGAGAAGGAGCAUAAAAUGAAGCUCCAGGAUGAAUGGGCGGAGAAUGGAGUGCCUCCAGGAUUUGGUAAAGAGUUGUUUGAGAGUGAUCUUGAUAGAAUUCAGGACCAUCUAGAAAUCGCGAUGGAACGUUUCCCGGUCCUCGCUAGUGGUAAUAUCCAGAGUGUUGUUAGUGGUCCUAUAACCUAUUCACCUGAUCUUCUACCAAUCGUUGGUCCAGUACGAGGUCUUCAUAAUUAUUGGUCAGCUUGUUCUUUCAGCUACGGCAUCAUUCAUUCGGCUGGUAUAGGAGAGUAUCUCAAGGACUGGAUCAUGGAUGGGGAACCCCCUUAUGACUUGAUUGAGAUGGAUGCUGAUCGCUAUGGUGAUUGGUGUACCUUUGACUACCAGAAAGCUAAGAUCAGGGAGUCUUAUGGUUUCAACAAUGCCAUAGGAUGGCCUAAAGAGGAGCGUUUCGCUGGAAGACCGACCAAUAGAGUGUCUGGGGCGUAUCAGUCGAUGAAGGAUAGAGGGGCUGAAUACGGCUUUCAUGCGGGUUGGGAACAACCUCAUUGGUUUUGCUUAGAAGGUGAUGAACCGGGCUACAAACCUAGUUUCCGUAGGACCAACUGGCACAGACCGGUAGGAAGGGAAUAUGAGAUGGUGAUGAAUAGAGCUGGUAUCAUCGACCUGACGCCGUUUGCCAAGUUUACUGUCAAAGGUCCUGAUGCUACCCAACUCAUGGAUGUGGUCUUGGCUAACAAGCUUCCUACUGCUGUUGGAGGUUGUGUUGUAGGUCAUAUGCUGACACCCAAGGGUAAAGUAUAUGCAGAGAUUACCAUUACUAAGACAGGAGAUAAUGAGUACUUCUGUAUCACAGGAGCAGGUUCAGAAAUACAUGAUCUCAGGUGGAUGGAGCAGAAGGCUUUUGAGAUGAAACUCAAUGUUGAAUUCUCCAACGUCACAGAGGAGCAGGGUGUCUUGGGUCUAGCUGGACCUAAAUCUAGAGACAUCUUGGCUGCCCUGACGGACUCAGAUGUCAGCGAAGAAGGGUUUAAAUUCAUGAAGGCCAAGGAUAUAGUGCUAGGUGGUGUAAAGUGCUAUGCUAUUAGAAUUACAUAUUCAGGUGAGCUUGGGUGGGAGUUAUAUCAUGCUCGAUCAGACACAGCAGAACUCUACCAAGCCUUACUACGAGCUGGUGAACCGUUUGGUGUAGGUGACUUUGGUCUGUAUACCAUGAAUGUACUCAGGAUUGAAAAGGGAUUCCGUGGAUGGGGAUCGGAGAUGUUAACUGACAACAAUCCUCUAGAGGCUGGUUUAUCUCCAUUCAUCAAACUCAAUAAACCUGCAUCAUUCAUUGGUAAGGAUGCAGUCCAGAAGAUCAAAGAUGAUGGCUUAUCAAGGAAGGUGACGCUCCUAAAGGUCGAUGCGGACGAUGUCGACCCAGAAGGCAAUGAGACCAUUUGGCUCGAUGGCAAGGUUGUUGGUAAUACUACAUCAGGAUGUUUCAGCUAUCAUUUGAACCAACCCAUCGCAUAUGCAUACCUUCCCAUGAGCCUUCAGGAUGUAGGGACAAAGGUCGAGGUUGAGCUGCUUGGUACCAAAUGGCCUGCUACAGUAAUACAGGAGCCUCUGGUAUUAACUGAGCCUGUUAGGAGGAAACAGGAGCAGAAACAGCGUUCUAGUUGAUUCCACUAAGCUCAUGACACUCUGAGCUAAUGACAAUCAAAAUGAACUAUUUUUAUCACAUAUAUUUUUUGUAUCAAAAACUGAGCUGCCUUGUUACUUAUUACCAGAAAAAAUUAUGUAGACAUACUUUAUGAAAUGUCUAACAAUCAAGAGUUGAACUGCAGAAGUUCUUUUUGGGUAAUAUGCAAUUCUGUAUCAUAUCAAAAAAGCAACUAAAAUACCAAAAUAACAUUCGUAACUAUUUCUAUCUGUGCAAGUGACGUUAUCCAAUCUUAAAAUGAACUGCCUUGUUAUUUCCAGGAAAAUUAUGCAUUUUAUGAGAAAGAUCAAGAGUAAAAAUGUAGUAUUAUUACACUAUACAAAGUGUUUUCCUGGGACAAUAAUUCUCCAUAUUGUGCAUUCUCUGCUUUUGCAGAUGUCAAUAUCAUAACAUAGUUUUUCUCUUUCAGGCUUUCUCCUGCCUUUACAUAUAUACUGCAUUCAGCAGCGGGCAGUAUUUGCAUUUACUUUGUGGAGUAAUGUAGUGUAGUUAAUGCACGGUGCGCUCGCUCUAUACAGUGUAUGAUACGUGUAUUUCCAGCUAAAUAAGCCCAAGCGCAAGAUUUAUAUGCGAUAAGUAUAUGUGCGCAACAUUAAUUCUAGAAUGUGCUCCUGGGCGGUUGCAAUUUACGUCACGAUUGAAUAUCCAGAAUUACGUCAUCAAGGUAAUAAUCUGGAGUCAGAAGUAGUGACAAGCUAAGAGGAAAAUAGAUUGUUCCAAAUAAUAGCCUGAAUUAUCAGCUGUAA